GAGUUCGUGCUCCACGCGCGCGAGUCCAUCAUGGGCGCGAUGCUGCGGCAGGACACGGACUUCUUCGACCGGACGCCGUCCGGCGUGCUCCAGGAGCGGCUCUCCCAGGACUCGCAGCAGCUCAGCGACCACCUCUUCUCGGAGCCCAUGCACCUGCUGCGCUGCGUGACCGUCUGCGUCGCCAACGUUUAUGUCCUACACCGGAUCGACCCGAAGAUGUUGCGGUUCGCGAUCCUGCCGGUGCCGGUCGUCGCCGUCGUGCAAUACUUCGUCGUCGACUUCAUGCGCAAGUUCGGGAAGCGGCUGCGCAAGAUGGGCGAGCGCGCCGCGGCGGACACGGCGGAGAUCAUCAAGGAGGUGCGCACGGUCCGCGCGUUCGCCAAGGAGGACGACGAGCGCGACAAGUUCGCGUUCUCCUCCGCGUACCGCGCGCAGAUCGACCUCUUCGCGCACGCGGUGCACGUCAUCUGCUUCGACUGGCCGCUCUUCCUCUUGUUCAUGGCGAACCGGCUCUACGCGCUGCGCACGGGCGGCGCGGCGGUCUUCGACGGCGAGUUGACGGUCGGCGUCGCGACGCAGUUCGUCGUCGCGGUGACGAUGAUCACGGACCACCUGCGCUACAUCCUCGAGGUCGUCCCCCGGGUCGUCAAGUGCGUGGACCCCAUCGUCCGCAUCAACGAGCUGCUCGUGUCGAAGCCGCGCAUCGAGCGGCAGCCGGGCGACGCGCCGGGCCGGAGCGACGUCGGCGGCGAACUCGUGUUCCGCGACGUCGACUUCGCGGUGCCCGGCAAGAAGAUCCUGAACAAGCUGUCCUUCUCCGUGGCGCCGGGCUCGUCCGUGGGCUUCUGCGGCGCGGCGGGCUGCGGCAAGUCGACGUCGCUGAGCCUCGUGCAGCGCUUCUACGCGCCGACGGGCGGCGAGAUCUCGCUCGGCGGCGCGCCCAUCGAGGCCUACGACCCGCGCGCGCUCCGGCGCUCCAUCUCCACCGUGUCCCAGGACAACGUGCUCUUCGCGACGACGAUCCGCGAGAACAUCGUCUACGGGCUCUCGGAGGCGGAGAAGCAGGCGCCGGACAUCGACGCGCGCGUCGAGGACGCGUGCCGGAAGGCGUCGAUCUGGAAGGACAUCCAGGAGGUCUUCCCGCGGAAGCUCGAGUCCUUCGUCGGCGAGCGGGGCCUCAAGCUCUCCGGCGGCCAGAAGCAGCGCAUCGCCAUCGCGCGGGCCAUGAUCCGCCGGCCCCGGUUUCUGCUGCUGGACGAGCCGACGUCCGCGCUCGACUCCGUCAACGAGGCCGUCGUCCAGGAGGCGCUCGACGGCAUCCGCAAGGCGAGCGACUGCUCCAUCAUCGUCGUGGCGCACCGGCUGGCGACGAUCCGCCACUGCGAGAAGAUCGUCGUCAUGAACCGCGGCGCGAAGGUCGAGGAGGGCGCGCACGACGAGCUGUUGGCGAAG